AGUGGCUAAUUAUUCAAGACAUUAAUAAUGAAGGAUAAACUCCAGUGAAAACCAUUACACCAGUGCUGAGUAGAACUAGUUACGCCGAAUAACCUCCAGCUCCAGUGAAAACUCUCGGGAAUCUUCUUGCUUCUAGAAUACAUGUGUAACACAACAGAAACACGCGGGUAACGAACGAUUGGCUACGGAUGACUUCGUUCAAUGUCAUGUGGCCUCACACUCCGGCGCUUGUGCCAUCCCAGCGGGUUCAUCUAGUCAUAUAGAGAACAAUUAUCAGCUGGUUGCAGCUUUUGCCAUUUACACGUCUGCAUUCACCCGAUUUUAAAACUAUAAUUUCAAACAAAUAAUACUGAAUUAGGAAGAACAAAUACUUAAAUACUUCGAAUUGUAAUACUACUUUAAUUGAAGCGGGUUGCCUGUUGCUGAGACAGGGGCGUGCUUUAACUGACUCGUGCAACAGGAUCAGGAGCAUUUUGUCCUUCUACUUAAAAUCCACCUGAUUCUUGGAGAGGGAAGUAGUUGUGGUUGGAUUAGAAAAACAACAUGGGAGGGUUCUAUUCCAGCGAGAAGAUGACAGGUGUGCUCGCCUAUGAAAGCUCAGAGCUGGACUGGUGUGAGGAUAACUAUAAGCACUCGGAACACAUAGCUGAAUAUUUCAACACUAUGAGCAGCCUGUUCUUCUUUGUGAUCUCGCCAAUCAUGCUGUACCUGCUGCAUCCCUAUGCCAGGGAGAGGAACCUGGCUGUACACCUGGUCUGGAUCAUGAUGAUAUUUGUGGGUCUCUUCUCUGCCUACUUCCACAUGACGCUUAGCUUCAUGGGUCAGAUGCUGGAUGAGCUGUCCAUCCUGUGGGUGAUUGGGCUCUGCUACGCCCUCUGGUUCCCAUGCAGGCUCUUCCCCUCCUUCAUCAAAGACCGGACGACUUUCUCACGGCUGGUCAUGGCGGUUACUGUAGUCACUACUCUGAGCUCCUUUGUCAAACCCACUGCCAACGCAUACGUCCUCAACUGCUUUGCCCUUCACAUCAUCUACUCGUUAUGCCUUGAGAUGAGGGUUUGUACUGACCAGAAGGCGCUGCGGCUAUGCUGGUCUGCUGUUGCUCUGUGGGUGCUGGCCAUCUCCUGCUGGAUCAGUGACCGUUUCGGGUGCAGCUUGUGGCAAAAGCUCAACUUCUGUUACCUCCAUGGCAUUUGGCACAUUCUCAUUGUGAUUGCUGCAGCCUACGCAAGCACCCUGAUAGCUUACUUGGAUGCAAAGUAUGAGAUACCCUAUGCCCUGCCAGGCCUUCAGUAUUGGCCCAGUGACAACUGGCUCUUUGGCUUGCCUUACAUUGUCCUCAAAGGAAGCACCAAGACUCAGAAAAGAUGCUAAUGUAAAUUCAACUUCUACGACAGACAAACUGAAUGCUUUGGUGAUGGAAUAUGCAAAUCAGUGCCAUGCAAGCGAAGAUGCAAUGCCUUUCUUUUUACUUAGCAAGGAGUCCGUUAGAGAAAUGGCUAUAGUAUGUUAGAUUUGAUAUGGUCGUUCUUGAAUUUUUCUAAGGUUGUAUCAUACUGUUCUUAAUGAAGCCAUUAUUCCAUUCUAAAUCAUGCCAUUCAAAAUGCACAGUUUCUUUCUUUUUACUUUACAGAUGCUUGGAAAGAAUGUUCUUUUUUUUUCUUUGUCUUAUUAAAUGUGGAUAUAUCAUCCCAUUCUGAAUCCACAAAUAUGAUAGCUCAAUUAAUGUUUUUGUAUUGAUUUUAUGUACAUAAAUAUGCACAUUCAAUAACAUUGCAGGAUUAGUUACACUAAUAAUCGAAACACCAAUGAUACAUUUUAGGGAAUAUUUUCUGGAAUUGAGGCUUACUUAUAAAUAAUAUAUAUAUAUAUAAUUCAUCAUUACUCUUACAAUGAUAUAGCCCUUCCUUAAAACUGACUAACUUAAAACUGACUAACUUAAAAGUGACAUUUCAACACAUACUUAAAGAGUUGGUUUACCCAGUAAUCUAUUUAAUAUAUACCUCUCCCAGAUAAGUUUGCCACUGGGGAGAGGUCACAAGGUCCUUCUAUAUCAAUUAUUUUCAAGCUUUUCUUAUAACUGAUCAAAAGUAUUCAAUACUUUUGUUUACUAGGUAGCAUUAAAAAUUAUCAAUAUAUAUCAUUAUAUCUGUAAAACAUGACACUACACAGCUACAAAAAGUGAAAAUAAUACCUGUAGUACAAAUAACAGUUAAGCAAAAUUCUACAUUUAUUGUUUGUCAUGUUUUUGUAAAAGUUAGUGUUUUUACAUUGCCAAGGGAUAGCGACUACCACCUCAAUUUAGUAAUUACCAAUAGGACUGUAGACUCCAUGCCACUCAGGUCAAGACUGAAACAGAUUUUUAUAGGAGGUUUGGUGUGAAUAUGCAGGAGGAGAAAUGUGCAUGUUAAUAUGCAUAUUUUGUUAAUACGGCAGUGCAUUGUCAUUGUAAAAUGCUUACAUAUAUGCUUGUUUAUUGUCUGCACAUCAUGAUUUCUAUAACAGAACAGUUUUCUAUAAUAGUUUGUAUUGUUCUUCUAUCCCAAAACAUUUUGUUUAGAUAUAUCAUUAUGUUAACUAUUGUUACUAUAUGUUAACUCCAAGACUCAGGGUUGCUCAGGGUUUUUUUUUUAUUAUAUAUUUAUAUUAUUGCAGAAACUAAUUGAUUCCAUGUUAUGUUUGUGUGGGUUUUACAUCUAUGAAAGCAAUAACAUUUUUAUAUUAAUAAGAUGACCAAUUAUGCGCAUUGAUGAGUGCUUUAUGGCUUUUGUGUUUUAGGUGCUUUGAGCAAUGCAUUGAGGUUUUAUGGUGCAAAGAAAUGUGUUUGAAGCCUUUAUUCUCGUUCUGUCUGUCUUUGUUUUAUUUUGCAAAAUGAUUUUUAUAUCACUUCUUGAUUUUAUUUGUGUAUUUAUUUUAAUUUAAAAUAGAGUGCAGACUACAAAUAUGAACUCUUUCGGGGGCAUUUUAGACAAGUUAUAUAGCCCUAUUUAUACAUGAAAAAUAAAAUAGAUUAAAAUGUAUGUAAUCAUCUAUCAGCGGCAACAGUGACAUCUAGUGUAGAGAUUGUAAUAUUUAUUUUGUAAACCCUUUAAAGUCAUCAACAACC